AUGCGAUCCCUUCUUGUUGCCGUUGCGGCACUCACCACUGCCCUGGCGGCUCCCUUGGAGGAGAAGCGUGCGAUCGUUCCCUCUGCGGUUGUCAAGAACGGAACCAUCAUCGGAAGUUCUACUGGCAAUGUGGAGUCUUUCAAGGGCAUCCCAUUCGCUCUGCCUCCUACUGGUAGUCUUCGACUGAAGCCUCCACAAUCAAUCACAGCAUCGUACCCAUCGGGAACAUUUGCAGCUACCGGCAUACCCAAAGCAUGCCCCCAGUUCUUUAGCCAAGUGAACACCACCAACAUACCCACCGAUGUCCUCGGAGAACUCCUUAUUUCACCUUUCGUACAGGACGUCACGGAUACUGGUGAGGACUGUUUGACUCUCAAUGUCCAACGCCCAGCUGGCACAACCUCCUCUUCGAAACUGCCCGUUGUGUUCUGGAUUUAUGGAGGCGAGUCUGUUGCUCUUGGACACGGUGUUAUAUUCGUUGCAGUCAACUACCGUCUUAGCGGGUUCGGCUUCCUGGCUGGAAAAGAGCUGCAAGCUGACGGUUCCACCAACCUUGGACUCAAAGAUCAACGAAAGGGCCUCGAGUGGAUUGCUGAGAACAUCGCAGCCUUUGGCGGUGACCCUGAGAAGGUCACCGUACAGNNAGGUGCAAUUUCGGUCUUUGACCAUAUGAUCAUAAACAGCGGCGACAACACCUACAACGGAAAGCCGCUGUUCAGAGGCGCAAUCAGCGACUCUGGCUCAAUUGUACCUGCUUUGGACGUCGCUCAGCCUAAACCACAGGCUAUCUACGAUGCUAUAGUCAGUGCUGCUGGUUGUUCUGGCAGCAGUGAUACGCUCGCGUGCUUGAGGAGCGUGGACUACGAAACUUUCGAGGCGGCCGUCAACUCUGUACCCGGAAUUUUCAGCUACGAAUCUGUCAAUUUGGCAUAUCUGCCUCGCCCUGAUCCAUCAGAUGCUUUCUUCCCUGUGAGCCCCGAUGUUGCAGUUGCGAACGGCAACUACGCAAAGGUGCCGUUGAUCUCUGGAGAUCAAGAAGAUGAAGGCACACUGUUCAGUUUGUCGCAGUCCAACAUCACGACUGCUGCGGAGACCCUUGCCUACGUUGGCAGCGCUUACCCCGAUACCCCUGAGUCUGUCAUGGCUGCCCUGCUUGCGACAUAUCCUGACGACAUUUCCGCUGGAUCGCCGUACAAUACUGGCCUGUUCAACAACAUCUAUCCACAAUACAAGCGUCUGGCCGCCAUCCUCGGCGAUCUCGUAUUCAACCUCCGUCGUCGACAAACUUUGUACAUCGUCUCCUCCACAAUCCCUUCGUGGAGCUACCUUGACAGCCAUCUCUACGGCACAGCAGUACUAGGAACCUUCCACGCUAGCGACGUACUGGCCAGCUUCGACGGCGUCGGAGGCAUCACUACUCAAAAGACAUACCUCGACUACUACACCUCAUUCAUCAACUUCCUCGAUCCCAACGCCCUGGGCUCUGCAACUUCUCUCAUCGAUUGGCCUCAGUACAACAGUACCAUGCCUGUGUUGCUGAACCUCCAUGCCGUGGGCAACACUCUGCUUUCUGAUACAUACCGCAGUGCGAGUUUUGACGUUCUGCAAGCGAACUACGGGGUCUUCCGUACUUAA